AUGGCCGCUAAACUCAUUCUCUUUAUCUGCGCCACCGCCCUCGUGGCUCAGGCUGGUCUAAGCCAGUACCUUGGAGGUUUCGGCGCUGGACUCGGUGGUUGUGGCUGCGGAGGUCGCGGCUACGGUGGUUACGGCUACGAUAUCGGCGCUGCUGCCGCUCUCGAAGCUUCUAACGGAGGAGGUCUCCCCGUCGUUACCUCCUCUGCUGCUCCUACUGGUCUGGGUGUAGCUUCCGAGAACAGAUACGAAGGUACCGUCGGUGUCUGCGGUAACUUGCCUUUCCUUGGUACUGCUGGUGUUGCUGGUGAGUUCCCCACUUAUGGUCUUGGUGGCAUCGACUACGGUUGCGGUGACGGCGCCGUCGGCAUCACCGCUGAGAGAGGCAUCGGCUACGCUGGUGGUCUCGGCUAUGGCGCUGGAUACGGUCUCGGCUAUGGAGGCUACGCCGGAACCGGAUACGGAUGUGGAUGUGGUGGAAGAAUCUACUGA